AUGGCAGACUGGGGCACCAAAUCCAUCGGCGCAGCCUUCACAACUUCCCACUCACGUCCAAACGCAGACAUCAACUCCUCAACAGUGACCCUGCCGAAGCCCUUCGUUGUCUGCAUCGUGGGCGCGUCUCGUGGCAUUGGCGCACGCGUCGCUACAGCAUACGCCAAAGCAGGCUGUACAGCUCUCAUCCUCGCCUCUCGCCGUCUUUCAGGCCUCGAAGAAACUGCCGCAGCCUGCAAAGCCCUCAACCCCAAAGUCGAAAUCGAAAUUAUAUCCUGCGACAUCACAUCUUCAGCUUCUGUAUCUUCUCUCGCGGAAAAGGCACUUUCUCGAUUUGGCCGUUUGGACGCAGUGAUUGUUAACAGCGGCUACUCUGGACCGGUCAGAUUACGGAUAACAGAAACAGAUCCAGAGACGUUCCUCAAUGCGACAAAUGUGAACUACGUUGGAAUAUUCUACUGUGCGAAAUUUCUGAUACCGUUGUUACUCAACACUUCAGACGGCGCGAAGCUCUUUAUCGGCGUCUCCUCUCUUGCGUCGAUCCUUGUGCGGGGCCCGAUUGCGAAUACACAAUAUUGCGUAUCGAAAUGCGCGCAGUUGAAGUUAUUGGAGCACGUUCACGAGCAGUACUCGGAUCAAGGAUUAAGCUCUUUUGCGGUGCAUCCGGGAUCGGUGCUCAGUGAGAUGGCGGAUGAGACAGUACCAGAGGAAUUCAGGCCUUUCCUUACGGAUAGUCCAGAGCUUUGCGGGGCGUUUUGUGUGUGGUUGACGAGUGAGGAUAGGAAGUGGCUUAGUGGGAGGUUGUUGAAUGCGAAAUGGGAUGUCAAGGAAUUGGAGGCGAAGAGGGAGGAAAUUGUGGCGAAGGAUGCACUCAAGUUGCAAUUGAGUCUGCCGUAG